AUGGUGAAGUUUUUGAAACCUAACAAGGCUGUCGUUGUUCUCAACGGCCGUUUCGCUGGUCGGAAGGCCGUGAUCGUAAAACAGUUCGAUGACGGAACUCGUGACCGUCCCUACGGUCACUGCCUCGUCGCUGGAAUCGCCAAAUAUCCGAAGAAGGUGAUUCGUAAAGAUUCAGCAAAGAAGACUGCGAAGAAGUCGCGUGUGAAGGCAUUUAUCAAGCUAGUGAACUACAACCACAUAAUGCCGACGAGGUACACUCUCGACGUCGAUCUCAAGGAUGUCGUCUCGGUCGAUGCUCUCCAGUCGCGCGACAAGAAGGUUACAGCUUGCAAAGAGACCAAAGCAAGGCUAGAGGAGCGGUUCAAGACCGGGAAAAACCGUUGGUUCUUUUCGAAGCUCCGAUUCUGA